UACAGCCAUUGGAGCAAACCAUUAUCGCUUCUCUGUAUGAUAUCAAUGGUAUACACUUUACUGUAUCGGACAUAAGAGGUCAACUGCUUCUUUAAAAAAUGUCUCGACUACAGUUGUUACACCUAUUUGUCAGUGAGCGGCUAAGAGCGGCUGCUGCUGAAAUAUUUGGGGCCGUGGAAAAAACAAUAACGGAUUACCAGGAAGAAAUCUCCCGUUCAAAGGAGGACAACGACCGUUUACGAUCGCUGUUCGAUAUCGCAUUCCAACCUCAGUUGCCGAAAGCAGACCCACUUCAUCUCACUCUCUCCAAAGAGCUUCUCCCUGAGCAUCAGCACCAUGAGCAGGAGUGGAGCCCCAGUCUGGACCAGGGGGACCCAGAGCCCACGCAGGUUAAACAGGAACCAGGGGAGUUUGGGACCAGUCAGAGGGAGGAGUUAAUAACCAAAGACUCCAUUUUGAGGGACUGUAAUCAGAAACCACCUGAGCCACAUCUUUACCACAUCCAAAUAGUGGAGAACAGAGAGAGGGACUCACUAUCGAUCAACACAACAGGAGAGAUCAAAACAGAACCUGGUGAAGAGUGUUAUGGUGGGUCUCACUGGGAACCAACCAGUGACUCUCAGUCCCUCUCUGCAGUAAAUCCUGACAGUUCUGCAGCUCAGACUGAAAACAGUGAAAGUGAGGAUGGGGUGGACAGUGGAGGACUACCAUCAGGGCUACAACCAUUACAAUCAAACAACACUCAAACCACUUCUCAAGAUAAUAAGAUGUUUCCAUGCCGUACGAAAUCACGCCGCCAAAGACUAGCCACACCGUGUUUUUGCAAAGUGUGUGAAAAGUCUUUUGACUUCAUAAAUCAUUUAAUCAAUCAUGUGCGAAUGCAUGCAAAGGAUAAAGAUCACCUCUGUGGUGUAUGUGGAAAUGGCUUCGAGUCCACAGACAGCAUGCUGGAUCACCUACUAACACACAUUGGAGCCAAACCUUUUUGCCAGAUGUGUGGUAAAUGUUUCACUAAUAAGGCGAACCUGAAAGUGCAUAUUGUGAGGGCUCAUGCCGGUGAGAGACCAUUUGAGUGUCCUGUGUGUGGAAAACGCUUUCAAACAUCAUUCAUUUUAAAAACACACCAAGUCAUUCAUACUGGGGAGAAACCAUUUCAGUGUCAAGAUUGCGGUAAACAUUUCAGUCGAAAAGGAAGCUUGCAGAUGCACCUGAGGACACACACAAAGGAGAAGCCGCAUCGUUGCCAUGUUUGUGGAAAGGGCUUCCCUGUGAAGAGAUCCCUGACCACACAUAUGACAAGUCACACAGGGUUGAAACCGCAUCGCUGUGAAGAAUGUGGCAAGGCCUUCGCUGUGAGUGAAGCCCUGACAGUGCACAUGAAGACUCACCUAGAGGAGAAACCGCACCCAUGCCAUGAAUGCAGCAAACGCUUCAAUCGGAUGGGAUCCCUUAGAAGGCAUAUGAGCUUGAUUCACAAACUGGAGAAAUCGUGAUAUGCGUGGGGAAAAUGUAUCGGUUUAAACUCGAUUUGAAAAGUACUAACUGAUAUCUAGAAUUAUACACAUACUGUAUCUCAGAAGUCACUGCUUUAGGUUGAAAAAGGUAGACAAUGAAUGCAUGAACUUGCAUAACAUUGUGGGGAGCCACAGAGUGGUGUGUCUAACAAACACCUGUUACUGGAUUAAUUCAAAUUGCAUGUUUUGAAAAUGUGUACGUGACUGCUUGAAUGUGUGUGGUUUGAGAAGGAGGCUCUUUGUUGAAAUAUUGAAAUAUGUCAAAUCUAUUUUGACUGUGUUGCACAAAAUGUAAUAGUUUAAUAAAACAGAUGUUGAAAAUGUUUUUUUGAACAAAGGUUAUUUUGGGAAAGCCUUUUUCCCUUGCCGUAUUGUAAAUGAAAUUGGGUAGGACUUUUGGUAAUAGUACGAAUAGUGUAACCGUGAGAUUCUUAUAUACAGAAGACGCCACCACAGUACACACUUGACAUAAUACUACACCCACACAUAUUGCUGCUGCCUGGAUGGUAGAAGAUUGCACAAAUAGUCAUCCUGACUUGCAACAGACCAAUUAUUUAUUAAAACCGUUAAAGAUGCACUAUGUAGAAAUCGCUCCGCCAUUUCCUGGUUGCUAAAAAAAAAAAAAAGCAGCAUAAUGCACCGUGAAUAGUGUAACCGUGAGAUUCUUAUAUACAGAAGACUCCACCACAGUACACACUUGACAUAAUACUACACCCACACAUAUUGCUGCUGCCUGGAUGGUAGAAGAUUGCACAAAUAGUCAUCCUGACUUGCAACAGACCAAUUAUUUAUUAAAACCGUUAAAGAUGCACUAUGUAGAAAUCGCUCCGCCAUUUCCUGGUUGCUAAAAAAAAAAAAAAAAAGCAGCAUAAUGCACUGCUGCCCCCAAACUCUGGAAGUCUCCCCCCCAAGCCACCUGCAAUUCAGACUCCAUCGCCAUUUUCAAAAACAAUAUCAAAGCCUACUUGUUUAG